AUGAAUGUGGAGGACUAUAUCCUCAAGCAAACCAGGUCGUCUGCAAACCAGGAUGUCCUUAUGUGCACAAUAUCUGAUAAUGUACUGUUUCCCAAAAGCACAAGCCGACAGAGUAUUGGAAUGGUCCCUACACAAGAAGAGGCCCCAGCGUUCUGGAAUGCGAAAGCUAAAGAAACACUGAAGAUUGCUUUGGAACUCCAACCAGUCAAACACAGAGCAAAAAAUGUUAUAUUGUUUCUUGGGGAUGGAAUGGGAGUUCCCACAGUGACCGCGACCCGAAUACUAAAAGGGCAACUUGAUGGCAAACCUGGAGAAGGAACUGUGCUCGCAAUGGAAUCAUUUCCACAUCUUGGUCUCUCCAAAACGUACAAUGUUGAUCACCAAGCCCCUGAUAGUGCAGGAACAGCUACUGCUUACCUUUGUGGGGUCAAAGCAAACUAUGGAACCAUUGGACUGAGCGCAGCAGCUAGACGAGGACAAUGUAGCACAACUUUUGGCAAUGAGGUCAUGUCAGUACUUAAGAGGGCAAAAGAUGCAGGAAAGUCGGUUGGCAUUGUAACAACCACUCGAGUUCAACAUGCUUCGCCAGCUGCUACAUAUGCCCACGUUGCAGACAGAGAUUGGUAUGGUGAUGGUGAAAUGCCAUCCGAUGCAAUUAAGAAAGGUUGCAAGGACAUUGCUUAUCAGCUCAUAUAUAACACAGAUAUUGAUGUCAUACUUGGAGGAGGUAGAAAGUACAUGACUCCUGAAGGAACACCUGACCCUGAAUAUCCAGAGAACCCCAAGCAAAAUGGCACUCGAAAAGAUAAACAAGAUCUGAUUGAAAAAUGGCUCAGUAUCAAAAAAGAUGCACAAUAUGUGUGGAAUAAAGAGCAGUUUGAUGCUGUCAAUGUGGAGACAACUAAGUAUUUGAUGGGUUUGUUUGAACCCAAGGAUAUGAAAUUUGAGUUAAAUCGAAACCAGACUAUGGAUCCUUCGAUUGUUGAAAUGACUGACAAAGCCAUUCAAAUUCUCCAGAAAAAUCCCAAGGGAUUUUUCCUAUUUGUUGAAGAUAAUGGUAGAAUUGAUCAUGGACACCAUGAUGGAACAGCAGUGCAAGCUUUAACUGAAGCAGUUAAAUUUGAUGAAGCUAUUGAAAAAGCAAGUUUCUUGACAAGUGAUGUUGACACUCUCACUAUAGUAACUGCAGAUCAUUCACAUAUGUUCGCAUUUGGUGGAAAAGCACUUCGUGGCAAUCCAAUAUUUGGACUGGCACCAGCACUUGCUUUGGAUGGAAAGCCAUAUACAACCAUCUUGUAUGGAAAUGGACCAGGCUAUGCAAUCACAAAUGCCACACGACCAAAUCCAAAGUCCACUGAUUAUCAAAACAAGAAUUAUGAACAACAAGCUGCUGUUCCACUAGAUUCAGAAACUCAUGGAGGAGAAGAUGUAGCAAUUUUUUCUAAAGGUCCCAUGGCUUAUUUGUUCCACAAAACCCAUGAAGAGAAUUACAUUGCCCAUGUGAUUGCAUAUGCUGCUUGCAUUGAACCAUAUAGGGAGUGUCCACCAAAUCCCACCACCAGCAGUGGAUCUUCAGUCCAGCCUAUGAAUCUUCUCAGUAUUUUACUGGUGACACUUUAUUUUCUCAAGUCCUAAAGCAUGUUUAGCUGCUUUGUAUAUAAUGU